GGCGUUGGAACCGGGAGGGCAGGGCUGCGGGGCUGCGCUCCGCCGCCACCGCCGCCCGGGAGAGCCAGGGGGCGGGGUUGCUGCUGCUGCUCUUGCCGGCUGCCGAGCCUACUCUGUCUGGGGUGAGUGAGUGCCGGUCGGGUCUGUGAGUGUGAGUGAGUGUGUCGUGUGUGUGUGCGCGCGUGUGCAGGGGGUGGGGAGGGUUCGUGUGCUUGCAGUCGUCUCCGCUUGGGGAGGAGAGGCGGCCGGCGGAGAGAGAGUGAAUGGAUCCGCGUGUGGCCUGGAUUCAGCCGGAGCAGAAAGGACCCGCUAAUGCUCUCUGGAUGCAGAUCUGGGAGACCUCGCAGGGAGUGGGGCGGAGCAGCUCUAGCUACCCGCCGUAUUUCUGCCUCAACUCCCCGGCCCUGGACACCACCGCUGCCGCUUCCUCUCCCUGCACCCCUGGCGGCGGGAGCCACAGCUGCACCCCACUUGUCAAAGCUGGCCCUGCCGCGGCUCUUCAGACUUCGACCCCCGGUGGUGGCAGCGGCGGCGGCGGUAGCGGCAGCCUCUCCUCCGCCUCCUCGCCUCCGCCGCCCGCGGCGCUGCCAGUGCUGCUGACAGGACUAGUACCUGCCACCGCUGCUGGGAGCACCGAAGGUGGGCGGCGGCUGCAGAAGUCUCCCUCCGUGUCCUCUUCGUCUUCCACCUCUUCCAACAACGAGUCUGGCACUGAAAGCCCCGGGUUUUCCUCCUCUUCCUCCUCCUCGUCCUCAAGCAGCGCCUCUUCCGGCCGGACUCUGUCCGGGGGCGGCGGUGGGACCUUACCUGGUCGGGGAGGCGGUGGAGGCCCGGGCGCCUUUUUUAACUUCAAUGAGAACAAAUUGAACAAUCUCAACAGCGUGAAUGGCCAUCACCACCACCAUAAUCCGCACAGUGGAGCCAACGGCAACCUCCUGGCGCCGCCGCCUCCUCCGCCCCCGCCGCAGCCACAGCAGCAGCAGCCGCAGCAGCAGCAGCAGCCGCAGCAGCAGUCCCAGCCCCCGCCCCCGCCGUCUUCUGCCCCCGCCUCAUCUAACUCCAUCCAACAGCACCAGUAUCAUCCGGGCCGCAGGAAACGGGAAAAUAAAGCUAGCACUUAUGGGAUGAACUACCUGCUGUCCGGGAGUCGAGGGGCCGCGCUGAACAAUAAUCAUCUUCCCCAGGAGCAGCAGCAGAGACCCGGCACCCCCUGGAAGACCAGGACUUACAGCCCGGGCAUCCAAGGGCUACAUGAGGAAAUAAUUGACUUUUAUAAUUUCAUGUCCCCUUGUCCCGAAGAAGCAGCUAUGCGAAGAGAAGUAGUUAAAAGAAUAGAAACUGUCAUAAAAGAUCUUUGGCCUACAGCUGAUGUUCAGAUAUUUGGCAGCUUUAGUACAGGGCUUUAUCUUCCAACUAGCGACAUAGAUUUAGUAGUUUUUGGAAAAUGGGAACGUCCGCCUUUACAGCUAUUGGAACAAGCACUACGGAAACACAAUGUGGCUGAGCCAUGUUCCAUUAAAGUACUUGACAAAGCUACAGUACCAAUAAUAAAACUCACUGACCAGGAGACAGAAGUAAAAGUUGACAUCAGUUUUAAUAUGGAAACUGGUGUGAAGGCAGCUCGGUUGAUCAAGGAUUACAUGAAGAAAUAUUCAUUGCUGCCUUACUUGAUUUUAGUAUUAAAACAGUUCCUCUUGCAGAGGGACCUGAAUGAAGUUUUUACAGGUGGAAUUAGCUCUUAUAGCCUAAUUUUAAUGGCCAUUAGCUUUCUACAGUUGCAUCCCAGAAUUGAUGCCAGAAGAGCUGAUGAAAACCUUGGAAUGCUUCUAGUAGAAUUUUUUGAACUGUAUGGAAGAAAUUUUAAUUACUUGAAGACUGGUAUUAGAAUAAAAAAUGGAGGUGCCUAUAUCGCCAAAGAAGAAAUCAUGAAAGCCAUGACCAAUGGAUAUAGACCAUCCAUGUUGUGCAUUGAAGAUCCUCUACUGCCUGGGAAUGAUGUUGGCAGAAGUUCAUAUGGUGCCAUGCAAGUGAAGCAAGUUUUUGACUAUGCCUACAUUGUUCUUAGCCAUGCAGUGUCACCAUUAGCAAGAUCAUACCCAAACAGAGAUUCUGAAAGUACACUAGGUAGAAUCAUCAAAGUAACACAGGAAGUGAUUGACUAUAGAGGAUGGAUCAAAGAAAAAUGGGGAAACAAAAUUAAUCUAUCACCUGAACUUGAUAAUAGAAUAAAGAUAAAAGAGCAGAUAACUCCAUGUAAUGGGGAUCAGCCUCAAAGCAGAGACACAGAAUCACCCUUUAGCCAGCGUUUGACUUUGCCUUUGUCUAGCACCCAACCUCUUUCCUCUGGUUCAUCUGCUUCUUCUGUAUCUUCACUUUCUGGAAGUGAUAUUGAUUCUGAUACACCACCUUGCACAACUCCUAAUGUUUACCAAUUUAGUCUGCAAGCACCAUCUCCGCUUAUGGCCAGUUUACCUACAGCAUUGCCAAUGCCAAGUGGUAAACCUCAGUCAGCUCCUACUAGAACGCUAAUAAUGACAACCAAUAACCAGAGUACUGCUAUUCAUAUUUUGACUAGGUUUACUAUACCUCCACCUACCUUAGGUGUGCCCCCACUUCCUUGCAGACAAGUUGGUAUUGAAGGGACACCAUCUUUGAAAACUGUUCAUCACAUGUCAUCUCCUGCUGUUCCUUCUACAUCUCCCAACCCACUCUCAAGCCCCCAUUUGUAUCAUAAGCAGCACAAUGGCAUGAAAUUUUCCAUGAAAGGAACUCAUAAUCAUAACCAAGGCAAUGGUUACAAUCCUGUUGGCAGCAGUGGCAUGCGGCAGCCUGUGGGCAACAGAGGACACCAUCAAUAUAACCGUACUGGCUGGAGAAGGAAAAAACACACACACACAAGAGACAGUUUGCCUCUUAGUCUCAGCAGAUAAUGGCUCAUGUCAAAAUUAUCUACCCCCAAUUUUACAAACUGAAGCUGAGUGACAUUGGACACUAAACUGGGGAACUGAGACCAGCAUUCAGCACAUCAGCGCCCGGGUAUUGUGAAAUAUCUGCAGCUGAUUAUUUUGCAUGUUUCUUUGUGUGGUGGUUAAGUCCAUCUUAAAGAAAAAGUAGUUGUGCUCAUCUGUGAAGCCUUAUUAAAUGUGGAAGUUGUUUUCUGCCUUCCCAGGAUUAUUCAUUGAGUGCCGAAGCAGCUCUUCAUAAAGAACUGCAAGGACAUUAAAUGCUUUGGCAUUUUUGCUGUAGCUGCAUUUGUUCCUUAGCAGUUUGGGUUUCUUAUUUUUAUUUCUGUCAAAGAAGCAGAGGAGAGUUAAACCCCUGAUGUUUUUUCCCCCAGCAGACACAGUUGGGAGUUUGUAACAGUUUUACUGCCCUCAUGUUCUUUUUCAAAUUUCAGAACUUUUUUGCUCUGUAAAUAUUGAAAACUUAUAAUUUGUGCAAUAACUCAGAAUUUUUUAAUUUAAUUUCAUAUUUUCACAUAAGUUAUAUUUAAGGGAGGAGGGAAUUUUUUUUUUUUAAAUCUUAUAUCCUUUCCCAAGUUGCAUUUUCUAAGUUGGGUUUAGUAGUUUUGGCAGGUUGAAUGUCAUUAGAACACCACACUGAGGGUUUUUGUUUUUAGCCUUUUUUUGUUUUGUUUUGUUUUGUUUUUCUUGGUUAAAUGUGAGGCUUCUUGAUUCAUAGUGAAUGGGCAGAGUUAGCUUACGGUUUUAUGAAGGAAUUAAGCUCCAAACUAUUUUGACCCUGCCUCAUUAGCUCAUUAGUCUGGCCUCUUGUCAGUUGUCUUGCUCUGACCAGUGAGUUUUAAUUGUUUUGUUUUUCUUUUUUUCUUCUUUUUAACUAGACAACAAAUCCAGCAAUUAAAGUGCCAGAAGUAUAACUUUCUAAGGGUGAGAAAAGGGUUGUCACAAUAUAAAAUCCAAAAAAAAUUUUAAAAAAAAUUUGUGAAUUUUGAAUUGCUCCAGUCAGUUUUAGUAAUGAAACAGAACCUAUAAUAACUUGGGGGAUCUGCUGAACAUCAUUACUAAAAAAGAUUUGCCCAGUUUUAGGAAUGUGGAGAAAGGAAUUAUGUUGAUUCCAUUAUGGAAUCUGUAUAGCAGUAUGCAUUAGUUCUGUUAAGAGCAAAUAUAUGAAAAGUACUUCAUCUGCUCAGUGCACUCUAGGAAGUAUCUUUUAAUGUAUUGCAGGAGAGCACAGCCAAGGGUUGCACAUGUCUGAGUGACUGGCACUUAAUUUACAGAUGCAUACAGGUAUACUAUGCAAGUGUAUUCUGCCAUGACAACCACUGUCUUUGUUACCUUUUUUUGAACAAGAAUAUAUCCAUCCUGCCUAACCCUGAGUUUUAGAAGCACCACAGUUGUCCUGGGAGUUGGUUGCAUCUCAUAUGCCAUCUGACUUCCUGUUUUUAAAAUGAGGGGUUGUAGCCCUGCUAAACACUACAGGUGGGUUGUUUUUUGAAGUCCACUAGUGGAGAAUGUUGAGAGGAAAACUUAUUACCAUGACAUCUAAAUGAUGUAGAGAAGUGGGAAGUUUUAGAAUUGAUAUCUGAAUGUUAAAAUAGGCAUCUAGCAUGAUAAAGCUUUAAAAUGUCUGUGGUAUGCCUUUUGAAGCAGGACUAGCCCACAUUGUCAUUGGAAUCUAUAAACUGCAACUGCAGAUUUUUUAGAAGGAGGGCAUUCCAGAAUAGAGUAGCACAUUUUUCUGCAGUUCUUGAUGAUUGAAACUUAUCAAAAAUAUUUAAAAAUAUUUAAAUUGUGAACCUAUUCAUAAACAGAUAUUUAUAAAGACUGAUACAUAGGCCUAUACUACUAAUCUUUACACAUUAGCAAUAUUGAGUAUAAACCUACAUUAAGGAAACCACUACACAGACUUUAGUUGGUAUCUUAUGUAGUGUGCAUUUUAAAGCUAGAUUCAUAGAACACAGGUAUCAUGUUCCAUUUCAGUCAUGGUGAACCAAAUGAAUUGGCCUGGCUACCACUGUGGUUAUGUGCUACAGGUUUAAAAAAAGAUAUCAUGUUUAGAUUUUUUUUUUGUGUGGACAACAAUGUGGAAGCUAAAAUUGACAUAUUUUUAUGUAAAGUUUUUCUAUUCUUUGAUUUUUAAUAAACUUUGGAAACCA